AUGACACCUUCACGGCCGACAACGACGGGCUACGAGAGACUUGCACAAGCCGACCAACUCAGCGAUUCGGAAGAUGACGAACCCCUUGGACGCAGCUUUGCAUCGCUGCAGCACCCGGCCGCACCGCGACAUGCACCCAUAGGCCAGCCAAGGCCGCACAGCGGCAUGACAUCGCCCAAGGCCGGCCGAAGCACCGGCAAUGGCGUCAAGUUCCAAAGCGAUAGCGGCUACGGCGGCAGCAGGAGACAUUUUGGGGGCCACCGCCGGUCGAAUUCUGGUGUGGAUAUCAAGGCCAUCAAUGCUCGCCUCGAGCGGUGGGCGGACGAGAUCGCUUCCAAGUUCAAGCGUCAUCGGGACAAGAAGCCCGGGGAAGACCAACGACUUGAGAUCCACCACUCGGUCUUUCAGGCCCCCGAAGGUGUGCGCCCGGUCACAGCCGAGACGCUUGCAGAUCCUAAUGCCCACGGCGGCGCUCCUGCGAUGAGUCCGGACGAGUUCGAGGCCAUCGUCGAGAGCGUGCGCAUUGCGAUUGAGCAAGGCGUACAUCCACUCCUGAUUUCGCAGGGUAGCUCCGGCAGCUACUUUGCGCGGAAUCCCGAUGGCAAGGUUGUGGGUGUCUUCAAGCCCAAGGAUGAGGAACCGUACGCGGCUGGCAAUCCAAAGUGGAAUAAAUGGAUACACCGAAAUCUCUUUCCCUGUUGUUUCGGACGGGCCUGUCUAAUCCCGAAUCUGUCAUACGUCAGCGAGGCGGCUGCCUACACGCUCGACUGCCAGCUGCGGACGCAUAUGGUACCAUACACGGACGUCGUGCACCUCGCAUCCAAGUCUUUCCAUUAUCCGUUUUGGGAACGCUACGCACAUUCGCGCAACAGGAAACCCCUUCCUUCGAAACCUGGAAGCUUCCAGGUGUUCUUGAAGGGUUUCAAGGAUGCUAACAUCUUCCUCCGGGAACAUCCCUGGCCUGAUCAGUACCUGUCUGGCUUCAGAACAAGCGACUCGCAUCGCAACAAGAGAAAGCGAUGGGCUGACAACUGCAGGCCAUCCCGAGGCGCAUCUGCUAACGGAGAGGAUGAGAGCGAUGAUGAAGCGGGUGCCGGUGGGAGCAGUGGGGGCAGCCGAGCAAGUCCUCGGCCCCCAGGGCCCGAUAAUUUUGUCUGGACAGAGACCCUGAAGCAAUCGUUCCGGGAAGAACUCGAGAAGCUGGUGAUCCUCGACUACAUAAUGCGCAAUACUGACAGAGGUCUGGAUAAUUGGAUGAUCAAGGUCGACUGGGAAACCGAGACGGUUUCGGUCACUUCGGAACCGGUUCAACUUAAGAUGGAUGAAGGCAACUCACGUGAGCCGGAGGAUGCACCGCGACCUGUGGACUUGUCUCGCAGGGGUUCCCCAGAGACGAGGGCAUCAUAUCCUUAUAGGAAACAACAGCCAAUGAACGCAUCCACUCGGCCAACUUCGACAGCGCGAGAUCCCAAGAUUUCCAUUGGAGCUAUUGACAACUCGCUAUCGUGGCCGUGGAAACACCCCGAUGCAUGGAGAAGUUUUCCUUUUGGCUGGCUAUUUCUGCCAGUCGACCUGAUAGGUCGUCCUUUCUCGCAGCGCACGCGAGACCAUUUUCUGCCCCUGUUGACUUCGACACAUUGGUGGUCGCAAACGCAACUGGCGCUUCGUGAAGUGUUCCAACUGGAUCCUGAUUUCCAGGAGCGUAUGUUUGCACGUCAAAUAGCAGUGAUGAAGGGCCAAGCAUGGAACGUGGUCGAGACGCUCAAGACAGCAGACCAUGGCCCGCUUGAACUUACUCGGCGCGCCAAGGUCUGUGUCUGGGACGACUUGGUGGACGUCCCUGUCGCCGUGCCUAUGAGGGCGACCAGUUCCGAGAUGUGUCGAACUUCGAAUGCCGAUGGCCCACUUGGUGGCGAUGUGCUGUUGGAGGAGGAGAUGGACAUAGGUGCCGGCAACUCAUCCUCCAAAGCCGUUGCGUCAUCCAGUGCUGCGCUUGAUGCACUUGACAUCGCCAGUCCACCAGCAGAUCUGCCUCAUCCGGGUCGUUUCGAGCUUUCGGUUACGAAUCAAGGUGAAACUGGCAAUAGCGGCGGCGAUGACAUGGCGUCAGGGUUAGCAGUGGCGUCGUCUCCCGAGGAACUGGUCAGUCCUGCCUCGCCGACGCUGGAGAUGGCACGAAGCUCCAAGCAACGGCCCCCGCUGCUGAGCGCGCGAAGCUCUCAAGGUCCGGGUAGAAGUCUGAACAUGUAUACGCCACACCACGAAAGGCGCUUCUCCUUUGCCACUGCGGCGAGCCGACGCAACAGUAACAGCAUUGCGCAGCAGCUUUAUGCGCCUUCUGCGGGUGGUGCUUCUGGUGGCGCAAGGGCUUCGGCAGAUUCAUUUGGUUCAUAUCAGUACGACGAUGACAUGGACGGCGAUCUUGGGUACGCAGCGGCCGAGGGCAUGGAAGGCAGCCGGCGCAAGGUGAUUGUGGAGAGGCUGGAGCCGGUGAAAACUAGGAAUCCUGUCUUCACAUGGUGCUAA